AUGCCGGCCUCAGCCUUCUGCGCCCUCGUCUUUUUCAUACCUCGCCUGGCCUCGGCGACGUGCUAUUGGCAAAACAGCACAUUGGCUCCAGAUGAUCCAUACUCGAUAGCCCCCGACGACACGGCGUGCUUUCCAGACCAAGAGAACUCGGCUUGUUGUGGGACCGGAUUGACGUGUCUCUCGGACGGAGUGUGUUACAUCGAGCAGAGUGGAAAUGGUUAUUAUUACCGGGGGACAUGUACAGAUCGCACCUGGGACAGUCAGCAAUGUCCGGGAUGGUGCUUUGCUCAGAAUGCCAAUACGUCAAUACCUUUACUCAAAUGUGACACCGCACAAGACUGGUACUGUUGUCCCGGAGAUUCCGAGUGUAGUUGUGACACGGGCAAGAACGCCGUCAAGCUUGGGGAUACUCAACCGAGUACAGUUACCGUCAUUGGAAGCACCAGCUGGCCGGGGAUUUCAUCUACGACGUCCCCGUUUGUCCAGACAAGCCCUCUCGUGACGGAUGGCACCACCAGCAGUGAAUCGGGCGAACCCACUCAGAACACCAGUGCCAGCACGAGCACGAGCACGAGCACCAGUACCAGGACAAGUUCGACUCCCUCCACCAGCAAAUCAGCAGCAGCGGCAGCAGCAUCCGCCACAUCAAACACCCCAGCGCCAUCCAAGAGUGACGGCUCGAGCAACACGGGGCUUGCAGCAGGGCUGGGAGCUGGCUUAGGGGCAGCAGCCGUGAUCAUAGGCGUCCUGGUCUUCUUCUUGAUUCGCAAAAGACGUCAAGGCAGUGGAGGCGGGAAUGGUGGUCCCCUCGACCAACACCAGAUGAUGCAGAAGCCUUUCUCCGAAGCCUCCCUCCCUGCAUCUCCCUAUCCGGACAGCCAAGGACACAUGGUGGCGGAAGCACCAGGACCCCAGGACGGCCGGCCUGAGUUGGCAGGCGCUGGGGAAUACGACAGAGUUGAGAUGCCCGUCGGACAGGACGGAGACGGGGCCCACCGCCGAAAGAGUACACAGAGGGCUGAACUUGGUCCAUGA